CAGCAGUAGAACCCAUCUGCAAGUAUGUUCUCUCUGUCCUUAAUGGUGGGACUGAUCCCAAUAGUGUCCCUCUUUGGUUUGUUGUACUCCGCUGCUGUGGAUGAGAACUUCCCUCAAGGCUGCACCAGCAGCAGCAGUCUGUGCUUCUACAGCCUGCUGCUGCCAGUCACCAUCCCCGUCUAUGUCUUCUUCCACCUCUGGAGCUGGAUAGGGAUCAAGCUCUUUAGACACAAUUAGGCCACUCUGGUUCCAUCCUGUUAGAGGAAAUUGUACCUGAAAACACUUCAGAACCAUUUAAACAUCUACUGGGGAUGAAUUUUACAUUUCUCGGCCUGUUUUGUCUCUAAAAGGUAAAAAUGGUUGGUUUGUUCACAUUUGAACACAUCAGGAAAUUACAAGCACAAUUAUAGUGGUGUUUGUUAGCAGGAGCUGCUGUUGCUUGUUCCACAAACACUAGAAUUAAUUACUGCUGUAAUACAUUUCUUUGAUUGAGAUACCAAAGAAACAGACACAUUGCAGAACAUAUGGCCACACUAGACACAGCAGACUGAAGGAAAAGGAGUGCCACAAAAUAUCUAAAGACCUAAUGUCAAAAUGGGUUCAUUUUGGGAAGUAACCACGGGUGGAUUUAUGCCUUUAUUAACACAGUAGUUUUCAUUUUAGGUGGAAGGUUGCUAUAAUACCUAGCAAUGAUAUCAAUAGACUUUUUGAAGAGUGGUAAUCAUUUUGUAAGAAAUGUUUUGUCAGUGUCAAAGCAGCAGGUAAUCCUUAAGAGGCUGGUACAAUGGGAUGUCUUCCCUGGUGUAGUUACAGCGCUUUAGCAGAAAUGGAUGAUUAACCCUUUGUAUGAUGUGACAUAUUGCAUUUACUGUAUACACUGCUAUGGAGGUGAGAUUAAUAAAGACAGUGAUGUAUAGCUGAA